CGGCCGUGUAGCAGAGUAUGGAGACAAGCUGGCGAAGGACAGUCUUGAGCAAUGAGAAAUUUUAAAACACUCCUAAUUCUUCUCUGAAUUAUCCAAGAAAUUUCACAACCAACUUUUUAUAAACAUUGGAACAACGUUAUCAAAUUUAUAUGUGAGAUUGAUAGAGAGAAGGAGAAGGAAGAAAGGAGCGUACACAAUGUUCAUCCUUCCAUCUCUCACUGAAUCCUUCACCUCAAUCUUCACAUUCAUCUUCUUCAUUUCUCUUUUCAUUCUCCUUCUAAUCCCCAAACUCAAAUCAAAACCCAAUCAAAAUCUCCCACCAUCCCCACCUAAACUUCCUCUAAUCGGCAACCUACACCAGCUAAAUCACCAUCCCCACAUCUGUUUCCGCCGCCUAUCCCAAAAGUUCGGCCCCAUCAUCCUCCUUCAACUCGGACAAAUCCCAACUCUCAUAAUCUCAUCACCAAAAAUCGCCAAAGAAGCCUUCACAACCCACGAUCUCGUUUUCUCAAGCCGUCCUUUUCUCUUCUCCGCCCAACACACCUUCUACAACUGCACUGACAUUGCUUUUUCCCCUUACGGCUCCUACUGGCGCCAUGUCAGAAAAAUAUGCAUCCUCCAACUCCUCAGCAACAAAAGGGUCCAAUCCUUUGCCUCCAUUCGACAACAAGAAGUUGCUCGUUUGGUAAGCAGAAUCUCCCACUCCAACAAUCAGGUCGAUUUGUCCAACUUGUUAGCGAUGUAUGGAAAUGAUGUGAUCUGCCGAAUGGCGCUUGGGAGGGAAUUUUCCGCCGGUGGUGCGUACCAUCUUCACGGGAUUCAAGAGAUAAUCGAUGACUAUCAGCUUUUGCUUGGUGGGUUCUGUUUAGGGGAUUUGUUCCCUUCCUUGUCAUUUAUUAGUAAGCUAACAGGGAUGAAAUCGAGGCUUGUGAGAACGUUUAAAAGGUUCGAUAAGUUGUUGGAUCAAGUAAUAGUUGAACAUCAGAGUCCCGAGGGAGAGAAACUUGGAGAAUCUAAGGAUCUUGUUGAUGUUUUGCUUGAUAUACAAAAGAAUGGAUCUGAUGAUAGAUUCUCCCUGACUAUGGAUAAUGUUAAAGCCAUUCUUUUGGACAUGUUUAUUGCAGGGACUGAAACGACGUUUACAAUUCUUGAUUGGGGGAUGACGGAGCUGAUAACACACCCAAAGGCCAUGGAAAGAGUACAAAAGGAAAUUCGAAGCAUAGUUGGUGGCAGAAAAAUUGUAACAGAGGGUGAUAUUUUAGAAAUGCAUUAUUUGAAAGCUGUGGUUAAAGAGGUGCUCCGAUUGCAUCCACCAGCGCCGCUUGCACUUCCAAGAGAAACUACAGAAGAUGUGAGGAUUGAAGGUUACGAUAUUCCAGGUAAAACAAGGGUUUUUGUGAAUGUUUGGGGAAUUGGGAGAGACCCAGAAUGGUGGAAGAACCCAGAAAGUUUUGAGCCAGAGAGAUUUGUAGAGAAUGAAGUUGAUUACAGAGGACUGGAUUUUGAGUUCAUUCCGUUUGGUGUUGGAAGAAGGAUUUGUCCAGGUAUUACUAUAGGGAUGGCCAUGAUUGAGAUUGCUUUUGCUCAAAUUUUACAUAGCUUUAAUUGGGAGCUUCCAAGUGGGAUUGAAAUUAAGGAUUUAGAUACGACUGAUGUUGUUGGUGUCACAAUGCAUAGAAAAGCUCACUUGGAGGUUGUAGCAAAGCCUUACUCUGGCUCAUCCAUCUCAAAUUAAUUACUACUUUUCUUGGAGGGUAUUGAAUUGAGGUAAAGCUCAACCACACAACUUAAGGUCGCAUGAAAAAUAUGUGUGUUUGGAUACGAAAUUUGGGUGUCUCCAAUCAAAAUCAAAUGAGAGUUACACCUAAAAUUGGAGAUAUAGAUAGCUCCAAUUGGGUUAGAUGAUAAUAUCAAAUCAAAUAAUUAAAUAUAUUGUAUGAUUGUCAAAAGGUUUAUUACACAGUUAUCAGAGGGCUAUCUGAUUUUAAAUUUAAUCUUCCUUUUGCAAUUUAAAAAA